AUGACAUUUUCCAACCCAGGCGGCAUCCUCAUGCUCCUUGUAAAUCUUGCCUACUCCAUCGGCGCAUUCUUCUUCGACUACAGCGACACUCACGUCCUCAACCCACGAUGGCCUCCACAUGCAAAGUUCCACAACGGACAGACCAUGUCUUUAGGAGCCAUGCAGGCCGCGCUCUCGAUCUACCUCAUUCUGCGUCCGACUGCGAACAAGACGGAGAAGAGAGAUAGUCUGUGGCUCGCGGCGCUGGUUGGGAGUCUGUACUGCGCGGCGGGACUGUCUGCGAUUCUGUAUCCGGGAACGAAAUGGGCGGAUCCUGAAUUCGCGGCCAAUGGUGAGCAGAAGUUCAUCUUCGGGGGAUGCGUCGUUUUGAUAUGGGCCGGGUACUGGGUCGAAACGAGGAGGCUGCAGCAUGUGAAGGGACACUUGAUGAGGUAG